CCAAAUCUUUCCAGACUUGCUGUGAUCAGCAUAUUCGCUAGAACAAUGGAGCGAGAGAGCCUGGCCGACUUCCCCGUCCUGCACAAUCACGGCAUCGACUCCUCAGUUAACAUUUCAACACUGUAUCUCAUCCCCCCCUUCUAAUGUCUGGGAGGGGCUGGGGAUCUAAUAUUUCUGCUUUCUUUUCUUGAAAAAGUUUUAAAAAAACGUUUUUAACUGAGCUCCUCUCUCUCCUCAACAAUAUGGUCACACUUGAAACCGGGGUCAAACUGACUGCCAAAGUACUGUUUUAAAACUUUUUGUUGUUGUUGUUACUGGUUUUGCCUGAAGUUUUCCAAUUGGCUAGCACAGGACAAGGAAAGAAAAAUCAAAUGGCAAAACAAUCUUCUGAUUUAAAUUCUGAGUGCGAGAGAGAAGGUGGACAAUUGCAGCCUGCAGAAAGGCCAGUUCAGCCUCACCCUUUUCGGCCCGGGGCCCCUACCACUUUGCCAACUGAGCAUCCAGGUAAUUCAGGCGAGAGGGACAGUUCAUCACCGAAUAGUCCUCAGGGACCAUUGGCACCACCCUCCAGCCCAAGUCCCUUUGCUACCAGAUCCCCGUUGUUCAUGUUUGUAAGAAGAUCCCCACUGCUGUCCCGAUCCUCCAGUGGGUAUUUCUCUUUUGACACCGACAGGAGUCCUGGACCUAUGAGUUGUGACAAGGCAACCCAGACUCCCAGCCCCCCAUGUCAAGCCAUCAACCAUUAUCUAAGCACAAUGGGUAAGCAAGACUAUGCUUCCAGGUGGCAGUCACAGCCGAUCCCUGAAGAUAUGCAGCCAGAAAUAUGGAUUGCCCAGGAAUUACGGCGCAUUGGAGAUGAAUUUAAUGCCUCCCACUGUCCUAGAAGGGUAAUUUCUGAUAUAUGGUUUCUUGGAUUACCAAGCAGUAAACCAUCAGAUCAUAAUUUUGCGCCUGUUGCAUUACAUUGUCCGCCUCAUAUGGAGAAUGCAGUGACUAAUGCCUUCAAGAAGCAUUUGGGAUUCUUUCUUGUUUCAAGCCACAGUGGCCAUGAACAGUUUUUUUUGGAUGCAGUUAACCAGAGCCCUUCUGAAUUUAUGGGGACAUUCAGAGAAUGGAAAAAUAGAAAGAGAUCCAAAGUCAGUUUGGGCCUUGAAAUUCAAAACAUUUUUUAAAAGGGAUUUUUUUUAAAAAAAAGCAAAAGAAAGAAAAUUUCCUGUACACAAUGAUGAUGGAUUUUUUUUGAGCUCGGCCACCUUUUUUGAGGUGUAGGAUUUCAUUUGAAAGUAGAACUGACAUCUUUUUCUUGCUGAAAAAUUUUAAUGAAAUUGUACUAUAUAAAGCUUUCAAAAAAUAAUUGAAAGAUGUUGGAAACAUUUAAGUUACUCUUUCAUCCUGCGACAGAAUUGACUGAGCCAGCUACUUUGUAAAGCUGCCUUAGUUUUGUAUUGAGAAUUACUGUACAGUUUUCGUUGAAAAAAAAAUCUUCCCAUGCAGUCAAGAGGCCAGACUCUGGUAAGAGAUCCUCUGUUGAUUCUUAGUUACUUCCAUGCACAAGAGUGUAUUGUUAACGGAAGCUGGUGAUAGCAAGAUGGAUGAACUGGCAUUUGUGGCUACUCCAAAAAAAGAAAAUCCUCUGUGCCAUCUAAAAUUCAGGUGCCCUUUCGUAUGUUAUACUCACAGAAGACGUUUGCAGUAUAUAUAUAUCUAUUACAGCCAUCUGCUGCGUAAGCACCAGUUUGGAUCUCACAUUGUGCAAAGCUUCUUCUUUUUGCAGCCCAGAGGAAGGAAUCUUGAAUUUGCUUUGAAAGUUGAGAUUAAACUGUGAAAAUUUUAAUGGUCCAAAUAAUGACACCAGGUUGCCUUUUACAAGUUUCUUCCUAUAUUCUUUGUAUAGACAAAUGUAUGUAUUCUGUAACAUAUACAAAAGUGGGAAGAUGGGAGGGGGGGCGGUAUAGCAAUAAAUCAUUGCAUGUGGGUGAAAGCAGUCCCUACACCUGUGCAAUAUUGCCCCAUGUUGUUAUAACAGGGUCCUACUGUUUCGAUCCUGCUUUUUUUUUUUACUGUUCUUUAAAUCCAGUUUUGGUGUAUGUGUGUUUUAAACAUUCUGGAUGUUGUUAUUGCUGCCUUUUUUCUGAAAGUAUAUUGUCAUGAAAGAUGACCUAGCAACCAUAAUGUGGAAUGUAUAAGGACUACUGACUCUUUACAUUGGUUUGAGAUCAAGAACAGCACACUGUUCAGAUUGAUCAGGGGGUCAAAACUCCAAAAGAUAAAAGCAUUUGUCUAGCAAAAAUACUGGUUGUUUUUUAAACAAACGUAACUUUUUCUCCUCUUUUGAGAGCACCAGUUUCAUACAAACAAAAUUGGCAACUGGCUGUAUUUUGGGGCUCCCAAAAGCUUGCAGUGCUUUCAUAGGACUGUUUUUCAGGUGCUGUGAAAAAAGCAAAAUUCUGGACUAAGGGUAAGCAAUUUCAAAUAGUUGAAUACUGUAUGCAGCUGUAAAUUAGGUGGAUCAUGCACAUUUUUUCUGCAAGUCAUAGGGAGAGGUAUAGACAGUAAUCCCCAAACUGGUGUAGACUGGAGCAUAGGAAUGAUUAUCUUAGAAAAUAAGUUACCAUUUUGAAUGUGUGUGGCACUGGGGAAAGUCCCUAACAUCAUUUAAAUCCACACCUUUCACCUUUCUUUGCCCAAACAGAACACUGAAAGAUCUGCCCAGUUCCUCAGUUGAGCCCAUGUCUCACGUGCCAAGAGCAGGAGAACUCCAGCAAGCAUAGGAUCCGUAGGCAACUUGGGAGCAGAGCAUUAGACCUUACCUCCCUUUGAAAUUUUGGGCUGAACACACUCUCUCACCCCACUCCAUCUGCAACUUUGUCCAGAAGCUGCCCCUGUAGUAUAGGAAGCUGCCUUGUAUGUUUUGUCCAAACUUUUCCUCAGUAGGAUUGCAGGAAGCUGUUUUAUAAAAAACAAGACCCAUUGGUCUGUCUAGCUUACUACUGUCUUCCACAGGUGAUUUUUCAGUUCUCUAUCUAGAGUAACUGGAGUUGGUAUGUUUUGCAUGCAAAACACAUAGUCUACCAUUGAACUACAACUUUUCCAUCUUUGAAUGUUGCACAGCUGAACAGAGGAGAAGACAGUGGAGCAAUAACCCCCCUCUUCAUUGGACUAGACCAUAAUUGCAGGAAAGAUAACUGCCUGCUAAUCUGGAUACUGAUAGAGAAAAUAGAUGUCUGGUAAACUUGGGGGGGAUGGGACAUUGUCCUGGGACUUUUGGGAAGCCCUUGUAAUGAUCAACGUUUGGAAAAGUUGCUUUAUGGGAUUGUAACUUCCCAAAAACCCCAGCACAAUGGCCCUGAAAAGAAACUAGCAUAGAGCGCCCCAUGGAAAUCAUGCCCUCCUUUAUGUUCAGAAAUUGCAUCACAUUUUGUGAAGACAUCCUUAGGUUUGUAUUUACAUCCAAAAGGACUGUGCGUUUGCUUUUAAAAUAACAGAUCUUAAAUUCUCAGCGCAGUAAAUUCUACACCAUGUACAAAAUUUAGUGAAGAGUCAACCGUGUUCCGUGUGCCUACAACCUUAACUUCAAAAAAAGAGAGGAGAAAUUAUUAAAAUGUUGUUAAAGCAGAAACCUGAGCACAGUUAUACAAUGCUUCUCUUCUUUAAAAACAAGCUAUGGCUUCCAUGAAAUCCCUCACCAAUGGUUCUUGAUUUAUUACUAUUAUGUCAACCAUCAUUCCUGUGCAUAUCUACUCAUUUGAAAAGCUCUUACUCUUAGGGGGGUGGAAUAGGAAUGAAAUCUAAAUUGCUUUAGUCUUUGACUUGCCAGAUGUCAUGGAUAAUAGUAAAACCUAAUUUAAUUAGUAAUAAAGUUUGAAGAACAAACCAGGCAGUAGCAAUGAUUUUAUAGGAGAUAAACAAGCAUUUAACCUGUGCUGCAACCACAUUAUGGUACAAUGGUUCAUUUGUGGAUUGGCUUUAAAGGUUCUGUGUAUGUAAGUGCCCCUUAUUCUGCUGUAACUCUGUAGUUUUAUCUUACCAAUGAUCAGUUACGUAACAAUGGUGCAGAAACUUUGCACAAAGCUUGGUUCAAUUCAGUCUUAUAUGAGACAUGUUCCCAACUGUAUGCCACUUUUUUCUCUGGUAUCACCCAUACCACUUUAAAAUGUUGUGAUUUCUUGCAAAAAGUCAUAGUCUUUUCUGAGCUGUGUGACAGCCAUCCAAAGUGCUAUUAUAUAAUAUAGAGAGAUGUCAUCUACAAUAGCAUAAUAUCUCUGUAUUGUAUUGUACACUGACCUCCAGUGCCUUGCCUGUGAUAUGUGGGGGAUUAUUCCACCUAGUGUAGACAUGUCCUGUGAAGAUGGACACAGAUUUGUAAACAUACAUCAGCUUGAGUGUAGCUGCCUAAGAAGUGGAUGGCACUCAUGCCACUCACUUUUUGGAGAGAAGGGAGGAUGGGAGAAUGCAUUUGAUUUGGUCCCCUGCCUCUUCAAACAGGCAAAUGCCUUUGUCCAAGUUAACAGUGCGGACCUGAGUGGCAUUGCAUGCAUGUGUCUUACUUCAGUUUUGGGAACUGCAUGUAACUUAUACAUCCACAGAUACCCCUCUUUGUCACAGAUCCUGCUGGAGAGCUGUCACUGGGAGUUUUGUUUCUUCAUAGGUGCAGUGCUUUCUGUGCCAGGCUGGUCACUGGAGGCUAAAAUGGCUACACUGCAAAUGACCUGGCCCCAGUAUUUUUGUAAGAACACUGGGUGAAACCCUGUUGCCUAGUAUAGUAAGCUGCAGUAAAGUAGACCCAUUGCAUCAGUGGGGAUUUCGUGAGCCAACUCAAGUUCCAUUGAUUCAAAUCAGUCUAUCACAUGUAGUUGUUUUUAUGCUAAAGUACGUUGCAACUAGAGUGAGCCCAUUUGAACCAGUGGAACUUAUGGAUAAGUAGACUCAGCAAGUCCCCACCGAUUCAAUGGGUCUUGUUCAGUGCAACUUACUAUGCUAAGCAACAAGACUUCAGUCAUUAUUUACUUUUCCUUUGUUAUUUUGGCCAGUGAUUUGGAUUUUAUUUUGUCCUGUCCUGUUAAUGUUAAACAUUGCUAAACAAAUAGAUUUAUGUGGCUAGCUCACUCAGAUAAUGUACGCUGGUGACUUUUCAAAUCAUUCAGAAAGCCAGAGAAAUAUAAAGAGACCCUUUCUGUUCCAGCUUUACCAAUGUUGAUUCCCAACUUUUAAACAACAAAAAAAAAAAACUACUCCUGGUUGGAAGUUUGCCAAUAAUAUUAUCUAACUAUAGAAAUGCUGUAUUCAAUUUGGCCGUAUUUUCAAUCGGAGUGGUGAGUCAGUCUCUUUGAAGCCAAACUGACUCACCUUGGUUGUCACCACUGACCCACAAUGCUGCUGUCUAAAAUCAUAUUUGUGAAUAGAUGACAUAUUUCACAACUCACCAAAGCGCAAUUUCUGUUCAGAGUAACCUUUUGCUCAUGCUUCUGUACUUGGAGCACACUGGUUUUAAUUCCUUUUAAUAUAAAAUACCCCUACAUGCAUUCAGUCGGUGGUUGGGAUCCAGGGACUUUCUGCAUGGACCUGUACAUAUGACACCCUGCCUUAAGAGCUGGCUUCCAUGGGGUGUUAGAAGAAUGAGGAGCUGCUGUGGAAAGGGCAAGGGCUUAAAAGUCCCAAUAGGUAACCAGCAGCUUCUACAUGCGCCUUCUGACCCAACCCAACCCUUUUCUCCCCUCUUUCUUCUAAGGCUCGGCUGGCCCAGUGCCUUGAGAUGUGUACACAUUCAUAUGUGUUAACCAUUCACAUGGGAGUGCAAUUAGCUUGCUGCCAUGGCUUCAGGCAAACUCAUUGUAAGCCUAAUAAAUAUUUUUAAAAUUCUGUGAAUUAUAACGUAAACAGUAAAUGACAAGAUAUUGGCACUGUGUGACCCAAACCCAAGCUCUCUUGUAUUUCAAGAAAUCGCUAACAGACCUUAAAUCUAUAAUGUAUAUCUGUAUGUAUCUUAAAAAGCUACAUUGGAAAAGGCCCAUUUGGUUUUUCAUAGUUCAGCGCAGGUUUUGUGCCUUGACAACCCCACUGUGUCCUCAGUAGCAUUGUGGAUUUUUUUAAAUCUUGAUGUCAAUUAAUAUAUCUAACCUUCUUGUCCUACAGGAAUUUAAAGGAAAAAAAACCUUUUCUAGAAUUUUUUUAAAAAUAAUCCUGCCAAAACAUUUAAUGAAGUUUUUUUUUGUUAUGGAGAAACCAGAUCCAAAUUUCUUUGUAGAGAAAUUGUGUCUACUAUGACUUUCUGUGCUUUUUUCCUUUCAAUGACUGUAAAUAUUUGAGUAUUUAUUAGAAUAGAUCAGUUCUUCUUUAUCUGAGCCAAAUGUUACCUGUGUGCAAUGUUUCUCUUUUCUAACUAUGUCAUGUAAGAUUUUUUGUACAGUAGCAGAAGUAAAUUUCUCUAUACUUUUUUUGGUAGAAUUUACCUUGUUAAAUACUGUAGAUUCCUUUUUCUUUGUAAUUAAUGCACUCUACUGUUCAUAAUGCUGUAACUUGUAGAAAUGUUGUAUAUUUAUUUUCUGCUUAUUUAAGUUGUUGUAAAGUCCUUUUGUUUUUCUUCGAAUUUUACCAAGUAUAUAUGGAAAUAGUGGUUGAUCAGUUUAGAGCACUGUCUACUAGUUUGGGAUAAUUGAUCCUGUCUUAGAUUAUUUUUUAAACCUCUUGGUUUCCUACCACCUCUCUUGCCACCUUCCCUAUCUUACUAGGAUGAUCAAAUAUGAAGUAAAGGCAGGGAUGAGGGAUUGUCAUUGGGGAAGAACUGCACAUGGUCAAGAUUCACAUCUCAUUUAUUCCUUCUUACCACGAAUUUCUUCUAGAUAGCUCUGGGGAGACUGAAGAUGACUUACACAGAAAUUUAUCAAUGCAUUAUGCAGUGCUCUGAACUAGUCAGUCUUCUAAAAGGAUAAAUAUGCCCUGAAAUCACCUGCACAUACCAUGUGUCUAUAGAGAAUUCAGCUGCCCACAACAUCCCAUCUCAAAAGUAGAUUUAUGUAGAGAACUCAUUAGGUGCCAGUUCACAACCUUUUUGGUGCUUCCUGUUUCUUCCUUCAAUGUGCUUACAUGAAGGGCUGUUAAGACCUCAUCCCUUGACCUCAAUUUAUGUAGCACAGGAUAUAGCUGUUACCUCAUGAACAAGAAGUACCUGAAGUUUAUUCAAUAACUACUAAAAUUUUAGGGGAAGAUUGAAAUUUUGCACCCUGGUUUAAAGACCACUAGUUACUGUAUGGCAGCACCUUGUCAUCAGGUACAAACAUCAAUGUAGCACUGAUCUUGUACUGAUUGAUCACUAAUGUGUUUCAUAGAACCCAGCAUAUGUAGCAUUUUUAUUGCAGUUUCCCUGGCUUACUUGUGUUUUGCACUGAUGAAAAUUUGACAGGGUAAUUGCCACUUUACUUGUGCAAUACUGCUGUAAAUAACUGCAGAUCUUUUUUAAGAUGCAAUCUUUUAUGUUCUUAAUAAUGAAUUUUAUAUAAAUAAAACUUUCAACUAUU